UGACUGGUGAGAGACUUAGGAUUAUAGAGACAUUAGGAAUAGGAUGAUGAACAAUUUUACUAAUCAGAUUUCAAACUCAGUCUCGGUUUAGCAAAAAAGUUCUACUAAUUUCUGAUAGAUAGAUAGAUUUGGGUUUUAGUUAUAUAAAUGGGCUCAGCUUUAGGCCCAAUACAUGAACCUUUAGCCUGUUAACUUCCGUGUUUCAAGAACGAGGAGGUUAAAUCCGAUGGAUGGGAAUAUGAGGCGGUUACCACCGUGGAUGAUCGCCGGCGCGUCAUCCGGUGUAACAGCUACAAGCAAUCGAAUAGACGAUCGUGAAGUAAAACAGGAAGCAGAAGCUCCCAAGACCAGGAAGAAGCGUAAAACUAGAAGAGAGAUUGAUGACGCAGAGGAGGAACACAAAAAGUUGGAGAUCAGGAGAAGAGGAAGAGUUGGUAGGAAAAUCAAAGAAGAAGAGGCUAAGCCUAGUAUCGGCGAUGAUGGUAAGAGUCCCGAGAUUAUUCAAUCCGUGACUAGUCCAGAAGAUGAGGAUCUCACAGUUGAUGAUUUAUUUAGCUUUGCUCAAGAGUACGUCAAAGGUGAGGAAGAAGACCAGGCAUUGUCAACAUCUGAAUCAAUGGUGGUUGAUGUCAAUGAUGGAUCAAACAUGAAAGCCUCUCAAGGAGAAACAAAUGGAACCAGAGAUCCAACAUCAGAUGACAUGAUCAGUUUGCUAUUGGGUCCUUUUUUCAAUACUCGAAAAUAAUUAGAACUUGGAUUGAAUUAGGGAACUGUGUACAUGUUUAUUCUUUUUGAGAUUUUGGUUUAAUUUUCCGGUAUAUAUGAUAAACGUUCCAUUUGUUUU